AUCGGGACCGUGGAUACACAGAUAUCCCUUCACUUGUGUUUUGAGACCAAAUUACCGGUAGUGAAUUUAUAAAGUUUACUUAACAAACGGCUCGGUGCAUAAUGAGGUAUAGAGCAUUCUGCCAGAUAACUGCCAGGGAUCACUAUUUAUUGACUGCAUAACCAACUUAUUGGUUUGGAUUGGGCAAAUUGAGGGAUCUCCCGACAAUAAUCCAAGUACUCGGGUCACUUGGAGAGAGCUUAGUAGAUGACCACCCCAGGGCGUUACAGCGUCAUCAGGCAGACAUCAGGAUUACUGGAAGGUAUUUUGGGAUCAUAAUCCCACAGAACAUACCCAGGAACACCCAUAUUAGCGCCUCUAGAAUGUCUGCUUUAUUCAGUUGGUCCCGCGGAUGCUUGGAGUAAGAAGUUUGCCCCGUCUCUGUUCACCAUAGAGAAGACCUAUCAAUGGAGCGGUUCUAUCGUCCACUCGUCACCUUACUGUCUCUGUGUCUGGUCGCUGUUAAAUCAGAGUACUGCAGGGUUCGAUCCAACAACAACCUGUCUGACGUUGCCUACCGACAGACCACCUGUACCCUGUGUUACAACUACCUGGUCAAAUCCCACGAUAAGCCGCAGUUCCGGUCCUCCCCGGACGCUGAGGGGAUCUGUCUGAACCACACCCGACGGAACGAGAUUGUGUGUCCCACACAUGAAAACCAAACCACCAUGGACUACGUGUGUAGUACCUUAAGUACAAGCAAGUGCGUUCAGUGGACUGCUUGCUGCGUCAGUGCGUGGGAGUGUUGUCUCUCCCACAAACAGGAGAACACGAGUCGCCGCGCGGCAGUGGGUCAGUGCCCGGGGACCUGGGAUGGUUGGCUGUGCUGGGACAGGUCCCCCGCGGGGUCCGUUGUCAGUCAGGCGUGCCCAAGCUUCCUCAAAUACUCAUCCGCGGAUGCCAGAGCUGUUAAGAACUGCACGGAGGGAGGAACGUGGUGGUCCGACGUCACAGUGGGCGAACACACGGACUACAGCCAGUGUCUGAGUGGGCGGGGCCUACAGGACAAGAUUGACUUUUUCAAGAAAGUGACAGUGGUUCGAAUCUCUGUAAACAGUGUUGGACUCGUGCUCUUGUGUUCCUCCAUUGGGAUUCUUCUGUUUUACAGACAGCUGAGGAUACAGCAGAGGAUCAAGUUACACGUGCACCUGUUCCUGUCCCUGCUGGUCAGGGGGGUGCUGGAGCUCUGCUGGGAUGUGGCCAUCCGCUACAGGAGACUCGAACAGGGAUCCCAGGGCACGGACGAUCUUGGAUGCAAGUUCCUGUACAUCAUGAAUCGCUUUGGAUGGUCGGCACCAUUUUUCUGGAUGUUGUGUGAGGGGUUUUUCCUACAUAGACUAUUAAUCAAGACAUUCGAACGACAGAAAACUUUGAUUUACUACUAUAUCUUUGGAUGGGGAACACCGGUGAUUCUAAUCCUCGUUUACCUAAGCAUCAAAAUAGAGUCCUCAAAAUCAUCCCCGUCCUCAUCAACGGAUUACUGCUGGCUGGACACGGCGUCAUCAGCAGAGACCGGUCUAUACUGGAUUAUAUUCGCUCCCACCAUACUCUGUCUAGUGCUAAAUCUAGUGUUCUUCAUCAACAUUCUGCGGAUUUUGAUCAGACAGGUACGCACGUUACCAUCAGAACCCAGUAACUUCAGGAAGGCUCUGAAGGCCACCUUUAUCCUAAUCCCUCUGUUUGGGCUCCAUCAGUUUUUCCUGAUUUACCAGCCGACAGCGGACGAGGAUGGCUACGAGUUCUUCCAGAUGGUGGGCGGGGUCAUCAACAAUGCUCAGGGAAUCAUGGUCGCACUGAUAUUCUGUUUUUUAAAUGGCGAGGUCAUUUCUCAUAUAAAAUCUUCUUACGACAACGUACGACUUCAGCAGAGCAUAGACAGACGGAGAAGUCUGACGUCACAGACAAACACCCGCCGGUUCUCGGCGUCCUCGGUCAACAUCCACCAAAAUGGCCUCCCUUACGUCUCGUCUUUUCACGACUUGAACGAUACAUUGAAACUGGCUGAGAAAAACAACAUUCCAAUGGAAGAGAUACAUGCGGACGGAAUGGUCAACCAUGGAUGUGAAACCAUAGAAACCAAAGAAAACGGUCACGUGCAAUAAGCGAACAACGCUGGGAGAACUUUGACGUUUUUUGCCACAGGUCUUUCCAAGAACCGACCGAAGAGUUGGUUGUGUUGUGGAGUUUAAAAUAAUGUCGGUCACAACAUGGUUAGAAGUCAUGAAUAAUUUCAAGACAAUAAAUUUACACCAUUAUCCUUUCCAUACAAAGGAAUACAAUCAAAGCACCAUCAGGCUUCUUGUUUGCCCUGUCAGAUUUGACGUUGUUUCGUUUGUGCUCAGAAAAAAAACCCGGAGCAUAUUUUUGCUGUAAAUACGCUUACAGCCUAGGACAGAAAGUUUGUUUUGCUUGCUUGGCUGUAAUAACUGGCUACUGUUACAUCUGAAUUAUAUUAAUUUCAUUAAUAAAUUGUU